AUGCUUAAGAGAGCCCCCAAACGUGGCUUUAGCCUUUCUGGGCACUUGCCCGUCAUUGCUGCAUUGCGCUCCCCCAGACGAUUCGCGAGUGGCAAACCAGAUUUGUCUAAAGAAACUCAACCAAGCAAGGAUGCAUCAAAAUCAGAAGAUAUAACUUCACCACAAUCCCCGCAGGUAGUGCAACGGAAGAAGACCAUGGCGGAACUUGACGAGGAGAUGAAGGAAAAGAUGUCAGGUCUCUCGGGCGAAGGUGGAGAUGCUGGUGUCGAGUAUGAGGAUGGACAGCCCGUAUCCAUGAAGCGGAGUGUCAAGAAUAACAUGUUUCGUUAUAUUUGA